AUCAACCUGAACAGGCAAGAGGAAAAAGGUCUCUCUGAUUGGCCUCCCUCCUUCUCCAUGGGCUGACUCUUAGGUCAUAGCCUUUGGAGUGGCGCAUAGUUAUUUUCUGUCUCAGUUCCCUUUGGCAGAGGUGUCAUCCCAGGCAGAGAUACUCAACGGAAACAGACCUCCAGGAGAAAAAAGAUGCCCAGAUAUACAGUCCACGUACGGGGGGAGUGGCUGGCUGUACCAUGUCAGGAUGGCCUCACGGUGAAGUGGCUGGGCCGGGAAGCCGUGAGGAGGUACAUGAAGAACAAGCCUGACAAUGGAGGUUUUGCCUCGGUGGAUGAUGUGAAGUUCUACAUGCGGAGAUGUAAGGGGUUGGGUCUACUGGACAAUGAUGACCUUUUAGAAGUUGCCUUGGAGGACAAUGAAUUUGUGGAAGUCGUUUCAGAGAAUAAAGCCCUGUGCCAUCCUUCCUCUGUGGAUUCUCUUUCAACCAGCGCUGCUACAGAAGAUCACGUGUCCAUGGGAGGGUGGGCUGCGAGAAAAGCCCUCAGAGUUAUCGAACACGUGGAGCAAGUGUUGGCCAUUGAGCUCCUUGCCGCCUGUCAGGGCAUCGAGUUUCUACGCCCCCUGAGAACAACUACUCCAUUGGAGAAGGUCUAUGACCUUGUGCGCUCUGUUGUAAGGCCUUGGAUAAAAGAUCGUUUCAUGGCUCCAGACAUUGAAGCAGCUCAUCGACUCCUUGUGGAUCAGAAGGUUUGGGAAGUUGCUGUGCCUUAUAUUGAAAAGUACAGAAUAGAGCAGAAUCAAGAACUCUUCCCAGAAUCCAGGCCCAUCUCUCCCACUGCAUUUUCACUGGGCUCACUGCGCAUGAAAACAGUUGAUAAGCAUGAUCUCCUUGAAUCUGAAGAUCUGUAAGCGGUCACUGGUUCUCACCAUGGAUCAAGCAGAUUACAGACCAACACUGUUCUCUCUCUCAUAACUGUCUGAUCUAUUUACUGUCAAACUGGCUAUGUGGUUCAGAGAUGCAUGGAAGUCAGGGGAAUUUCUAAUUAGAUUGAUCACUGUAGAUAGACACUAUCCUUCAAGGAUAUGUGAUUUUGUCCCUUCUAGAUACUCCUUAGAUUUGUUAGGAUCAUAUGUUUAAAGCUGGAGGGGUCUUGAGUCCAACACUCUCAUUUUACAGAUAAGGAAACUGAGACAUGGCCUCAGUUAAGAGACUCAGCCAAGGUUACACAGCUAGUGUCAGGCAAAAUUUGAAUUUGGGUCUUUUUGACUCCAAGCCACUUAUUUUAGUCAUUGCACCCCCUAGCUGCCUAAAAAUCAUGAACUCUCUACAAGUUGACAUAUGGUCUUGAAGACCAGGAUAAAAACUAAGCUCAAAAAAAAAAUCAGCCUUGAGAAGGGGUGACAUGAGGAAGGAAUUGGAAAAAUUUGGUUGGUCUGUCUACACUGCUCAAGCUACUGGGACAUUUGGUCAAUUUUUCCUUCACUUUGUGUCUCAUAGAUUUGAUGUAAAUUUCACAAAUACACUCUGGUCUUAUGAAAAAUAUUCAAUAGUUAAUUCUUGACCUUGGGAGAGUUUACUAUUUGAAACUUAAAUAGUAGCAAAGGUUAGAAACUGGAUCCCUCUUCUGUUCUUGGCAAAUAUACAGUGAGUUCAAGUCUGCAAUAACUAAGCUUUAUCAAUCAGUUAACAUUUAGUUAACCAGCAGUAUUCCAGUCACUAUUAGGCAUUGGGGAUACAAAAACAGUCCCUGCCCUCAAGAAGCCUACUGAAGGGAUAUGAUAUAUGUACCAAUAAAUAAAUACAAGAAGCAUACAGAAUAAAAUAACAUUAUCUUUUCCCUCAAA